AAUGAAAACUCUGGUCGACAUGAGGUUAGCUUCUCUUUUAGAAAAUAAUAAACUCUUUCAAAUUAAGAAAUACUACGUAAAUGGAAGUGCCUACUUUUCAGGUUUGGCAUUUGACAUUCUUAAUGAAUUGUCCAAAAGGCUUAAUUUUUCCUAUGUUAUUUCUGAACCUCCCGAUGGUCAAUGGGGAAUUCAAACCAAGUCAGGGCGCUGGAAUGGGAUGGUGGGAAUGGUCAAAAGAAAAGAGGUUGAUUUUGGAGUUGCAUCCUUUACAAUUACAUCUCAUAGAGAGGAAGCUAUCGAUUUCAUAACUCCAAUUUGGGAAGGCUCUCACAGUUUAGUUUUCAAAACUGGAGACACUAAUAGCCACAUAUUGGCUUAUUUAAGACCAUUCAAAUCAACGCUAUGGUAUUGUAUAGCUUCGUUAGGUCCGCUAGUAGUUGGACUUCAUUACUUGUUUCGCGUAAUAGAAGAAUCAAAAGGAAAAAAUCCAAAAUUGUUGUGCUUAUUGAUUAAUAGCAAACGCUUGUUGACGCUCAUUGAUUCCGUAACGUUUACUAUUGCUUCCUUUUUAUCUCAAAGUUAUCGAGUAAAACUUUUAGGUCCUGGGAUUGGUUUAUUUACUGCUGGGUUUUGGUUGACUGUUCUCAUUUUAUCAGCUAUUUACAAAGGAAAUUUAACUGCAUUUCUAACUGUUCAAAAAGUGGCAUCUCCUAUAAAUAGUUUAAUGGACCUAGAAGAGGCAACUGAUUAUGAUAUUGGAUUAGUAAAAGGACAAGCCCUAGUUCAAGUUUUGCAAUCAUCGGAUACAGAAUUAUAUCAAAACCUUUGGAAGAGGAUUAUGAAAGAUCCAGGGAAGAAUAUAGUAGAUAAUCUGACUGUCGGAUUUCAAAGAGUUGCAGAAGGUCGAUUUGUUCUUUUAGAGGACACGAAAAACGUUCAUGCCAUUGUAGCGGAGUCUUCUUCCUGUCAAUACCAUAUAGGUACAACAUCGUUCAUGCCCACAGGCUAUGCUUUUGCUUUACAAGACGGUAGUCCUAUGAUCAACAUUUUCAACAAAGAGUAUAUAUAUCUAAUAUACUAUCCAAUAAUGAAAUACUUUUAA